AUGUGGUCGAGUGGAAAAAGGUGUGGUCUGAUUUUAAAAACAACCAAAAAGAAAAUUUCCGAUAACCGUAAAUCCUUACUUGCUACAGGUGGUGGGCCAUUUCAAUCAGAAACUCUUUCCCCUUUGGAAGAAAUGGUGGACGAGGCUUUAAAUCUUAGGUGUUCAGCAAUUCCUCCAGGAAAAUAUUGUGGAUUGGACGAUGAUGAUGAAGCCGAAUCACCUCCAAUUUCUGACGGUCCGACCACAAGCAAAAAGGGAAAAUGGCGCGAAACAUAUGGUCAAAAACGAAAGGCAGAUUCUACCACAGAUUUACUUAGAGAACAAGAAGUAUGGCGAUCAAAAAUAGAUUGGGAUGAGGAAAUUCCAAAUGAACUAAUGAAUAAAUGGACGCAGUGGGUCAAUAUUUUGCCGAAAAUACAACAAAUUAAAAUUCCACGCUGCUAUUUACAAAGUCUGCCCAACUAUGAUGGUGUUGAUGUACAACUACAUACCUUUGUAGAUGCCAGCAAAGAUGGAUAUGCCGCUGUGUGCUAUUUUCGUUUAAUUAAAAAUAAAACGAUAUUUUGCUCUUUAAUUGGCUCUAAGACCAGAGUAGCACCAAUGAAAAUAACUUCAGUUCCCCGUCUUGAACUUAUGGCAGCAUUAAUAGGUGCUCGUUUCGCUAAAUUUAUCUGCGACAAUCAUAAAAUAACAAUUAAAAAUAAACUUUUUUGGUCCAAUUCAAAAACUGUUUUAAGUUGGAUCAAUUCUGACCAUCGAAAAUAUAAUCAAUUCGUAGCAUUUCGUGUAACCGAAAUUUUGGAAAUAAGCUCAAUGAAUGAUUGGCGAUGGACUCCAACUAAACAAAACGUGGCUGACGAAGCUACGAAGUGGGCUCGAAUUCCAAAUAUAUUUACUACUAGUAGGUGGUUUCAAGGUCCUGAAUUUUUGUAUCAACUCCAAGAAGAUCUGCCAGGAGCUAUGGCUUUUGAUAAAACUACAACAGAAGAGAUGGUGCAUAAAUCAUUCAAAAUAACAUUUACAGAAAAUUUAAUAAAAGAAAAUCGAUUUUCUAAGUGGACUAGAAUGCUUAGAGCAACUGCUUAUGUUUUCCGCUUUAUAGAAAAUUGUAAAAUGAAGAACAAAAUAAAAGGCGAGUUAAAUCUUGAAGAAUUGUUAAAAGCAGAAAUUUUUUUAUUUCAACAAGCUCAAGUUGAAAAAUAUGCUGCUGAAAUUUCUCUUAUAAAAUCUAAAAUAUUGAUACCGAAAUCAAGUGAACUUUAUACGAAAUCACCCUUCAUGGAUGAAAAUGGAGUUUUAAGAAUAUAUGGCAGAAUCGAUAAUGCGAACGUUGCUGAAGAACAAAAACGGCCGGUUAUAUUGCCCAAGUCAAGUUACAUAACAACCUUAAUUAUACAUCAUUUUCAUUCAAAAUAUUACCACAUUAACCACGAAACGGUAAUCAAUGAAAUUCGUCAGAAAUAUUAA